GCACUGCCGUGUCACGUUUGCUGUUUGGCGUGGGCUUUGUGUCUGGUCGUAUGCUGCCUGAUCAGUACAACGGCCUACGCAGCGACCCAGAAAUUUACAUGAACAUUAGCGAACUUAUUUCUAGUAAGGGAUAUCCGAAUGUGGAGUACGAGGUGGAAACUGCAGAUGGGUUUAUCCUGAGUGUGAACAGAAUCCCACGUGGACUGAAGGACAACACGGCAGCAGUGCGUCCCGCCGUGCUGCUGCAGCACGGGCUGCUGGCUGGCGGAAGCAACUGGGUGUCCAACUUCCCCCACGACAGUCUGGGCUUCAUCCUGGCCGAUGCCGGCUACGACGUGUGGAUCGGAAACAGCCGCGGAAACACCUGGUCGCACCACCACCGUACCCUGACGCCUGAUCAGGAGGAGUUCUGGGCAUGGAGCUACGAUGAAAUGGCCUCUUUGGAUCUCCCUGCCGUGGUGGACUUCAUCCUCAACGAGACCAAACAAGAGCGGUUGAUCUACGUGGGGCACUCCCAGGGAACCACCAUUGCCCUGGCUGCUUUCUCUUCCAACCCUAAACUGGCGAAGAAGAUCAAGCUCUUCAUAGGGCUUGCGGCUGUGGUUAGCGUGCACCACUCCACAAGCCCCAUGGCUAAACUGGCUGACGUUCCAGAUUGGCUCAUCGAGGUGAUUUUUGGAAAAAAGGACUUCCUGCCUCAAAGUGACAUUCUGAAAUGGCUUUCGGCAGAAAUUUGUGACAAGGCAAUCAUCGAAGACUUGUGUGAAAAUGUUUUCUUUGUCAUUUGUGGCUUCAACGAGAAGAACAUGAACGUGAGUCGAGUGCCAGUCUAUACCUCUCACUGCCCCGCUGGAACCUCGAUUCAGAACAUGCUUCACUGGCGACAGGCUGCAAGGUCGGGCCGCUUUCAGGCCUACGACUAUGGGAGCUUGUGGCUGAACAUGAAGCAUUACAAUCAGGCAACACCUCCUGCGUACAACAUUAGCGCCAUGACGGUGCCUACGGCCCUGUGGUCGGGCGGACAAGACUGGCUGGCCGAUCCCACCGACACCGCCGCUCUCCUCGCCGAGAUCCCCAACUUGGUGCAGCACAAGGUCCUGAAGGACUGGGAGCACCUGGACUUCAUCUGGGGCAUGGAUGCCCCGAAGCGCCUCUUCCCCGACAUGCUUAAGCUAAUGAAGAAGUAUAAGUACACAUGAGAAACCAACCCAGUGAAAUGCAAGGGGUGAGUUGAGUACGAUAUUAAUUCGACAAUUGCUAGUAGCCGGCUGUGCAUGUUAAAUUAGCCUUUUAUACAUAUAUUUUCAAGGAAUAGGUUUCUAGAGCCUAAUAGCAUGAGCAGCCUGGGUGGUUUGACUUAACAAUAUGGGACAUUUUAUCCGUGGAGGAUCUCACCAUUACUCAUACUGUUUUAAAAUUAGAUUUUAGUCGCAAAUAGAUACCGAAAUAAAAUUACUCACUGUGAAUUACAUGUGAAUAAUUACACAAUUGGUACCUUAAAGUUUUCAUGAAAAAAACAUAAUUUUUAACUCCACGAGUAUAGCUGUUAAAUUGCAUAAAUGUAACUUGUGGUUUGCCAGCUUAAUCACCUUAAAAGGCAUCGCCAUUGUCACCUUAGUGAUUAGCACUGUUUACUUCGCCCAUUGCCACCAUCAUAAUCACUCCUCGCACCCCGCCACUAUCGUCACCCAUAUUACAAUCGCUGCUGUCAUUAACACCACCAUCAACAUCAUCAGUCUCAUCAACACCAUCAUCACUACCACCACAACAACCAAACACAUUACUGCAGAGUACUACCAUUGCUCACAACAUCCUCGUCAACCUGAAAAUGUCAUUACCAUCCCUACCCACAGCCAUCAUCACGCUCAUCAUGAAUGCAGCACCACUGAUAUCAGCAUUAUCGCCAUUUGCUGCUGUUUCUACUGAUUUGGCUAAAUAGAUUAUUCUAAUAUUGAAAUCAGGCCCACAUCACAUAAUUAGCAACCAAGUCUUCAUAAUUAGUCUGAUUAAUGAGAAACUGUGUGUUCUUAUAUGCAAAAGUAUUACGUGUAACCUAUUGAGAGCUCAAGAGAGCAGGAGAGUGUUAAUUGCAAGAGUGAUCUGGGUCACGAAAAUAAAAAAUAAAUAUAGAUCUAAGCAAAGCAAUGAAGCAAAUACAGAUCAGAGCAAAAAUAAUCAUGUUGCAAAAGGAAUCGAAAAACAGAACACUCACAUUAUGAUGUGUAAAAGAAAAAAUAUAUAUUUCCAGUAACAAAAGUUGGCUUUGACAAAUUACUUUUAUAAAAAACCAUUCACAGUAACGGUAUAAAACGUUUCAGUAAAAUUAAGUUGCAGAAACAUAAAUAUAGAUUUCAGGUGAUUUUUGCCCUCGUAUGUAAACAGACGAGGAUAUGUAUUAAAUAUAUUCAUGAUUGUCUCAGCAUAACAACUUUAAUGCCUUCCUUAGUGUGGCUUAAAUUAUCCGUGAUAUUUUACUGGAACAAAGUGGAACAUGCAAAAUUAUUAUAGAAAUACGUAAACCAGACGUUCACUCACCCGGUUUUCCCACCGUUGACCUGGGUUUUUGGAGGCACAAAAUAUACGUUAAAGGAAUUGCCAAUGAUUUAAAUCAAGGCAUUAAAUACAGGGGACCUCCAAUGCGGUUUGUGCUGGCAAUGACCCCAAUAAUAUUGCAAUUACGGGUAUAUAAUAAAGUAGAAAAAUGGUGCUUUUUAUUCUUCCUUUUUAAAUCUGCGAUCCAGCUUUGGUGUUUGUUGCUGAUUGAUUAUACUUUAUUCAUCUCAUAUUUUACUUUUAAAAAAUUCUUUAUUUUACCAGGUAGGGUCCACUGAGCUAUAUAGUUAUUUUUAAGAAGUGCCCUGGCCACAAAUUAUAGCUCAACGAAGUGGCUUACCCAUAUGAAAAUUUAUUGCAGCCAAAUACUCGAAACGCAUGUUUCUAAAUGUGAAAAAUCCACGCGAUCACGGGGAGAACAUACAAACUCUUAAUAUACAGGCGUCAGAUUCGGGAUGGAACCUGACGCUUGGAAAUCCAGUCAUAGGUGACAUGGCUGUUUCCUUGUAAACUAUGACUGGAAGAGCUUAACUUGCACAGACUGUGUACAUGGACACCGUCGGGCAGCGUUUUGUAUACUAUGCCACAGACCUGGUCACCUAAGUUUGAUCUCUCGUCUUGGGCCUCCCCUAGCUCAUUCUUAAAUAAGGAUCUGUGGAUUUUCAUGAUAAGUAUUGGGGAGAUGUAGGCAGCCGAGUAUAAUGAUGGCAACUCCACCCCCUCGCGUGCCACACCAGAUUUAAUAUAUGUUCGCUAAAAUACUUGCCUCAGCAGUGCGUGUGGCUCUGUGUUCGCACGCACCACCUGGAACAUAUUGUCCACGUGACCUUUUUUGUGUAGCAAUGCAAGAGGAAAUGUCUGGUUUUGACAUGCUGUAGUGAUGUACACGUCUCCUUGCUCGCACAACAAUAAAUACGAUUUUACGUAGUUUUUUUGUUUAUCGCAAUGUAAUUGCUUCGAAUUUGAGAGGCAAAUAACUGGGAAAAACGUGACAGGGUGGCGCAGUGAAUUCAGUGAUUGAAAUAUACAUGCAGAAGUGCUGAUAUGAAACCCGUGCAUCCUGCAGCACAUGUUCACUUGCACGGAAAUGGCCAGAUGUGUGAGAUAGUGUUUGCUUUGUCUGAAUAUUGAUUAAAAUUACUCGGGGGUGAAUUGUAUUGCACAUGUGUUGAAUAUUGUUUUCAAUUGUUUAAUAUUUCACAGUAUUAUUGUAUCCAUUAUCACUCAAUUUACCAACAGCCAACAAAUCCAUGUUUCUUAAUAGAACCACUGAAAGCAGGACAGGAGGUCGUGUUGAAAUGGUCGAAUUGCUUCAAAUUAUUUAAAUUGUUUGUACCAAUGCUAUUAAACAAUGGGCAUGACACCUGCUCAUCCACCUGCUUGGAAAAA